AUGGGUAGCGGUCCCUCUAUAUUUGUGCGCACGCCGCAAGAGCAUCUGGAGCACAUGUGGAGAAAUCCUAGUCCACUCACACAUUCCUGUCCACCCGGACAUGUGCGCGUAUAUCUUCUUCCAGAAUGGACUCGGGGCAAAAACCCGAUGAAAGAGCCCUGGGCUGCACUUAAAAAUGACUUUGCGCUUGAACCUACGGGUGAGCUGGAUUUGAAGAAAGUGAAGGGUAAAUGGGCCCUGGAACGGUGUUCGGCGAUCGAUCUGGAGAGAAUGCAGCCGUUUGAGGAGAACUGUAAGGGAAGAUUGUCGCUGCUUGCUUUAAAAGUAUUGGCUGAUUCGAAGGGUAUUGUUUGGCUAUAUGAACCAACGCCCUCUGAAGACACCGCGUCCCUACGCGCAGACCGCCUACGUAUUGUGCGGCAGUACGACGCGGCAGUUGAACGCAUUUUGGAAGCGACACUAGGUCGCAUC